UGACCUAAUUUUAUAUCGUCAACCAUAAAAAUAAACAUGUAUUUACUUUUUACUGUCUUUACUAAUUACAUUAUUUUGCAUUUGAAUAUAAAAUACAGAAAUGGCACUUGUUGCUAUGCUUAAUUCCCAAGGAAAUUUGAACAGAAUAUUCAAUGACUUGAAAUCAAAAAACGAAGACAGAAGACUAAAGGCAGCCGAAGAAUUACGUGAGACAGCUGAGAUAGCAGCAAGGGAACUAUCAGAAGAGAACUUUGUACGAUUCACUAAUGACAUCAACAAACGCUUCUUUGACUGGACACAUGGCAACGACAACAAUGAAAAAUUAGGCGCCAUUGUAGCUAUUGAUCGCUUAAUUGGUCUCGAACCUGAAAGUAAUGCCAACCGUUUUCACAACUAUUUACAGCAUAUGUUACCUCACCACGAUCAACAAAUCAUGGUUCCGGCAGCUAAGGCGCUCGGUCGCUUAGCUGUGAGCUCAUCGACUCUGACAGCUGAUUUGGUGGAUACACAAGUGGAACAUGCUCUCGAGUGGCUACAGGCAGAUCGGAGCCGAUUAGCAGCCGUUUUGGUCUUGAGGGAACUUGCUGUCAAUGUACCCACUUUAAUUUAUGCAUAUGUUCCUCGUAUCCUUGAUUUGAUUUGGCUUGCUCUAAGAGACUCAAGAAAUGUUAUCCGUGAUUAUGCAGCAGAUUGCUUAUCUCAGUGUUUGGAAAUAGUGCAGCAAAGAGAGACACCGAUGCGAAAGACAUGGUAUUCGAGAAUUUGGGAGGAAGUAAAGAGCGGGCUUCGCAUGAAUAGUGUUGAAGCAACCCAUGGAAGUUUACUGGCUAUGAGAGAAUUACUUUUACAUUCGGGAAUGUUUAUGACAGAGAUGUAUAAGGAAGUAUGUGAUAUUACACUCCGAUUAAAAGAUUCUCGAGACGCUUUGAUCAGAAAGACAGUUGUUUCCAUCAUACCAACCCUUGCAUCAUAUGAUCCAGCUACAUUCUCUGAACUUUAUUUACAUAAAUCAAUGAGUCAUCUACUAAGCUUACUUCGAAAAAACAGCGAGAAAAAAGAUGCCUUUCUUGCUAUUGGACAAGUUGCAAUUCAGAUGAAGAGCAAUAUGUGUCCUUAUUUAGACGCUACUUUGAUCUGUAUAAAGGAAGCUUUAUCUGUGAAAGGUCGUCAGCGAAAAGAAGUUGAAAUGGCUACAUUCAUCUGUAUCAGUAUGCUUGCUACAGCAGUUGGACAACAACUGACAAAGCAUUUGCACGAUCUAUUGGACUUGAUGUUCAACUGCGGUUUAUCGGAAUCAUUAGUGUCUGCCUUGAGUAAUAUUGCAGAACGAAUAAAGCCACUGUCGCCAGUUAUACAAGAACGCCUGCUCAAUGUUAUAUCGAUCACACUAAGUGGACAACCCUAUAAGCAACCUGGAGCACCAACAAAUCGAAAUAUAAUACAAACAGUCGAUAGACCACUACGGGAAGGAGGAGUUGGAGACGGAAAGGAUAAUGAAACUAUUGUUCUUGCUUUAACAACGCUAGGUUCCUUUGACUUCUCCAAUCAUGUGCUUAAUGAAUUUGUUCGAGAUUGUAUAGUAAAUUACCUUGACGACGAUGUUCCUGAAAUCAGAAAAGCAGCUGCUGUCACCUGCUGCCAGUUAUUCGUACGAGAUCCGAUAUGCAACCAAACAAGCGUACAUGCUAUCAAAGUGGUAGGAGAGGUUCUAGAGAAGUUAUUGACAGUGGGCAUUGCAGAUCCUGAGCCUGAUAUCAGAGAAACAGUUCUUUCAUCAUUAGAUGUACGCUUUGAUCGACAUCUUGCACAAGCUGAUAAUGUACGAUCAUUAUUUAUUGCUCUGAAUGAUGAAGUAUUCGCUAUUCGUGAAAUCGCCAUUACCAUUAUUGGAAGGCUUACUACAUAUAAUCCAGCCUAUGUCAUGCCAUCACUUCGAAAAACACUCAUCCAGUUAUUAAUGGAACUUGAAUACUCGGUUGUAAGCAAACAAAAGGAAGAGUCGGCCAGGCUUAUUUCACUGUUGGUGCGAGCUGCUCAAAGAUUAACCAAGCCUUAUAUUGAGUCUAUUCUCAAGGUGCUACUACCAAAGGCCAGAGAUACCUCAACAGGUGUAGUUUCUGCCGUUUUGGGCGCGCUUGGUGAACUAGCUGCUGUUAGUGGUGAAGACAUGGCUCCACAUCUAGAUGAACUUAUGGUCUUGAUCAUGGAGACAUUACAAGAUCAAAGCUCUAGUGCCAAACGUGAUGCUGCUUUAAAAACACUUGGUCAGCUUGCAAGUAACACCGGUUUUGUGAUUGAGCCUUACAUUAAAUAUCCUGCCCUUCUUAAUAUCCUCAUCAACAUUUUAAAGACUGAACAAAGCCCGGUUAUUAGACGUGAAACCGUUAAACUAAUGGGUAUACUCGGUGCUUUGGACCCUUAUAGGCACAAGAUGAAUGCGAUUGGAAAUUCUAGUGAAGAGUUAGCGGAUCCAAAGCUCUCAAGCAACGACGUUACCUUGCUCAUGAUGGGCAUCGGACCUUCUUCUGAAGAUUAUUACCCUCAAGUCGUAAUGCAUUCACUCAUGAAGAUUUUAAGAGAUCCAUCGCUAAGCCAGCACCAUUAUUCAGUCAUUGAUGCCAUCAUGUUUAUAUUCAAAACACUUGGCCUAAAGGUUGUACAAUUCUUGCCAGUUGUCAUUCCAGGAUUUCUUUCCUUGAUGCGCUCCUCAACAUCUGGUAUGUUGGAACACUAUUUCCAUAAACUUGGAGAUUUGGUAUCCAUCGUAAAGCAGCAUAUCCGCAAUUAUCUCAAGGAUAUCUUUGAGCUUAUCGAUGACUACUGGACAUCUGUAUCAUCUAUUCAAAUAACCAUCAUCUCUUUGAUCGAAGCUAUUGCCAAAGCGUUGGAUGGUGAACUCAAAGUGUACUUACCCCGUCUAUUACCUCAUAUGCUUCAGAUCUUUGAUACUGAUAUAUCCGAAAGAAGGCAACCCACCCUUCGAGUACUGCAUGCAUUUGUUGUCUUUGGUGCUAAUAUCGAAGAAUACAUGCAUCUGGUGAUACCUGCUGUUAUCCGAUUCUUUGAAAAACCUGGUGCUCCUACUGCUGUGCGUCGACAGGCCAUUACUACAAUUACUGCUCUUUGUAAAAAAGUCAAUAUGUUUGACUACGCUUCCCGUAUUAUUCAUCCAUUAGCCCGUGUCUUACCUGUACUUCCACCUGAAGAAAGAAAUGCACCCAUGGAUUUAUUAUGUGCACUCAUAUUCCAGUUGGGUGCAGACUAUACCAAGUUUAUUCCCGUCAUCAAUAAGGUCCUUGCUAGACACCGCAUUACACAUGCAAAUUAUGAUCUGCUGGUUGGAAAGCUUUUGAAAGGUGAAAACCUUCCACAAGAAUUAGGAAAAACGUUUGAUGAUAGAGAUAUCAAGGGUGACGAACCACCAUCGGCUGAACUUACUGUUGCCAAAAAGCAGCCAGUGAAUCAGCAGCACUUGAAAAAGGCAUGGGAAGCAUCUCAACGAUCAACAAAAGAAGACUGGAUGGAAUGGAUCCGAAGAUUCAGUGUUGAGUUAUUGAAACAGUCUCCUUCGCACGCUCUCCGUGCCUGUGCCUUUUUAGCAUCAGUCUAUACACCACUUGCACGAGAAUUGUUUAAUGCAGCGUUUGUAUCCUGCUGGAACGAACUGUAUGACCAAUACGUGGAUGAACUUGUCCGAUCCUUAGAAGUAGCAUUAAAGGCACCCAACAUUCCACCUGAAAUUAUCCAAAUCCUCUUACACCUCGCUGAAUUCAUGGAACACGACAACAAGAUGCUGCCUAUAGACAUCCGUACACUAGCUGUCUAUGCUCAGAAAUGCCAUGCGUAUGCAAAAGCACUUCAUUACAAGGAAACCGAAUUCCAUAUUGAGCAGUCCUUUGAAGCAGUCGAAAUGCUCAUGUCGAUUAAUAACUUGUUGCAGCAGCCUGAUGCUGCUAUGGGCAUCUUGACAUUUGCUCAAGACUCACUAGGUCUAGAAAAUAGAAUUUCUUGGUUUGAAAAACUGCAUAGAUACCAAGACGCAUUAGAGGCAUAUGAAAGGCAACAACAGGAAAAUCCCAACUCUAUGGAGAUUACCUUGGGCCGUAUGAGAUGUUUACAUGCACUUGGCGAAUGGGAUCAACUAGCUAUUUUGGCACAAGAAAAAUGGAUUCAUGCACCUAUUGAAAACCGCAAGAGUAUGGCACCCUUUGCUGCUGCUGCUGCCUGGGGCUUAGGUCAGUGGGAACAGAUGGAGGAGUACAUUGCGUUAUUGAAGACCGAAAGCCCUGACCGCACCUUCUUCCGUGCCCUACUUGCUAUGCACCGUAAUAGAUACGCGGAAGCAGAGACGUUCAUCAACAAGACUCGCGAUCUUUUAGAUACAGAAUUGACUGCACUGUUGGGAGAAAGCUAUAACCGUGCCUAUGCAACUGUUGUACGUGUCCAAAUGUUGGCAGAGCUGGAAGAGAUGAUCAUCUACAAGCAAUCAGCAAAUGAUGUUGAAAAGCAGAAUGCUAUCCGCCGUACAUGGAUGAAACGUUUAGAGGGCUGUGAACGAAACGUUGAGGUGUGGCAACGCAUCUUACGUGUGAGAACAAUGGUCAUUUCACCUCAAGAAGACAUUGAAAUGUGGAUCAAGUUUGCCAAUCUUUGUCGCAAGAGCGGCCGUUUCUCUUUGUCUGAAAAGACUCUAAAGAGCCUAAUGGAGACGGACAGUGAUGGUACUGGCGCACCUCAUCCCAAGAUUAUAUAUGCGCAACUGAAACACAUGUGGGACUCUGCAUCCAUUGCACCACCUGAUAGAGCGUCUGGUAUUCGUGCUCGAGCACUUAAUGUCUUAAGAGACUUUACGGCACAAAAGACGCAAGAUUUAGGCUUGAAUCCAGAUGAAAUGGCUGUCAGCAUGCCUAUUGAUCCUACUCGUAUUACUGAAGAUGUUGCGGAGUAUACUCGAUUGUUAAGUCGAUGCUACUUACGUCAAGGUGAAUGGCAGAGAGCGUUGUCUGAUGAAUUAAGUGAAGAGACAAUUACUGAAAUCCUUUCUUCUUUCUUGCUUGCUACUCGAUUCGAUCAAAACUGGUACAAGGCAUGGCAUUCGUGGGCUUUGGCUAACUUUGAUAUCAUUGAUUAUCAUGAGAGACUACAUCCUGAUCAGCUGCCUCCACAAAUCUUCAAUCAUCAUGUUGUGCCUGCCGUUCAAGGCUUCUUUAGGUCCAUUGCUCUGUCCAAAGAGAAUUCACUACAGGAUACUUUACGUUUGCUCACACUAUGGUUCAAGUAUGGUUAUCAAGCUGAUGUUAGUGCUGCUAUCAGUGAAGGAUUCAAUACGAUAAGCAUUGAUGUCUGGUUGCAAGUCAUACCUCAGUUGAUUGCCCGUAUUCAUGCGCCAAACGCUACUGUUCGUCUGCUCAUCCAUCAAUUACUUACAGAUAUCGGCCGUGAGCACCCUCAAGCUCUUGUUUAUUCACUUACUGUCGCUUCCAAAUCUCAAAGUGUUCCUCGUCGCAGAGCUACCUUUGUCAUCAUGGACCGCAUGAGAAUCCACAGCCCUGUAUUGGUAGAACAGGCUCUCAUGGUCAGUCAAGAACUUAUUCGUGUUGCUAUUCUCUGGCAUGAAAUGUGGCACGAGGGUCUUGAAGAGGCGUCUCGUCUCUACUUUGGUGAUCGUAAUGUAGAGGCUAUGUUUGCCACAUUGGAGCCAUUACAUCAAAUGCUAGAUCGUGGACCUGAGACUCUACGUGAAGAAUCCUUCGUACAAGCGUUCGGAAGAGAUCUUCAAGAGGCACAAGAAUGGUGUCACCGAUACAAGGAAACACGUGACCUGAAUAAUUUGAACCAAGCUUGGGAACUCUAUUAUCAAGUCUUUAGGCGUAUUGUCCGCCAAUUGCCCCAACUGACUAGCCUGGAGCUACAGUACAUUUCGCCCCAAUUGCUUGAAGCUCGUGAUCUUGAACUUUGUGUGCCAGGAUAUUAUCGCAGUGGUGAACCUAUUGUGCGCAUUGCCCGUUUUAACCCAAGCCUCUCGGUUAUUGCUUCCAAGCAGCGGCCCAGACAAUUAACAAUCAUUGGCAGUGAUGGUAAGGAUUAUAUGUUCUUACUAAAGGGUCAUGAAGAUCUUCGUCAAGACGAACGUGUAAUGCAACUAUUCGGACUUGUAAACACGCUACUCACUAAUGAUGCUGAAACGUUCAAGCGUCAUCUAAACAUUCAACGUUACCCAGUUGUACCGCUUUCUCCAAACUCUGGCCUUAUCGGUUGGGUUAACGAGACUGAUACUUUGCAUACACUCAUCCGUGACUACAGAGAGAGUAGAAAGAUUUUAUUAAAUCUUGAGCAUCGUCUCAUGCUUCAGAUGGCUCCUGGCUAUGACAAUUUGACGGUUAUACAAAAAGUAGAAGUCUUGCAAUAUGCAUUCGAAAAAACGAGUGGACAAGAUCUAUACAAUGUCUUAUGGCUCAAGAGUCGUAACUCAGAAGCUUGGUUGGACAGACGUACUAACUAUACAAGAUCUCUGGCAGUAAUGUCUAUGGUUGGUUAUAUCCUUGGUUUAGGUGAUCGUCAUCCAUCCAAUCUGAUGCUCCAUCGAAUCACUGGUAAGGUGGUACACAUUGAUUUUGGCGAUUGUUUCGAAGUAGCCAUGCAUCGUGAGAGAUUCCCCGAAAGGAUUCCCUUCCGUUUGACACGCAUGCUGGUAAAGGCAAUGGAAGUUAGUGGUAUCGAGGGCAACUUUAGAACAACUUGUGAGCAUGUCAUGCGCGUAUUACGUGCUAACAAGGAAAGUUUAAUGGCCGUAUUGGAAGCCUUUGUGUAUGACCCCUUGAUUAACUGGAGAUUGCUAAACACUCAACCACAAAGUCCUAACCAAAUUGACCGUAUGAGAGGAAUUGAAAAUAUAGCUCAUGAGGAAGGACCAGAAGAUGGCCAUAGAAACUUCUCGGUGAGUCGAAGGUUGAACCGUAUUGAAGUUGAAGCAGUAGCAAAUGAAAACGCACAAGGACCUGAAUUACUGAAUUCUCGUGCUGUGGCAGUCGUGAACCGUGUCUCAAACAAAUUGACGGGUCGUGACUUUAAUCCUCGAGUUACUUUGGAUGUACCUACACAAGUAGAUCGCUUAAUAUUACAAGCCACGUCUUUAGAAAAUCUUUGUCAAUGUUAUGUUGGAUGGUGUGCUUUCUGGUAAUUCAUUUCACGCAUACAAGUGUAAUCAUGUUUCAUUUUUUUUUUAUUUAUAAUAAAC